UUUCUAGAAAAGAUUGACAUUGUGAAGCAGAGUGACUACUCUCCCACUGAUCAGGACCUGUUGAGAUGUAGAGUACUGACUUCAGGGAUUUUUGAGACAAGAUUCCAAGUGGACAAAGUCAAUUUUCAGUGAGUUCGAAAUGGCAGCCAUUUUUCUUUAAGAUGACUACCCUAGUUAACUGUUGAUCCCUCUGUGCUACUUGUUAUCAGUUGUCUAUUGGGCAGUAAGUAACUCUCAUUGUCUUUUCUCCUCUCCCAGUAUGUUUGAUGUUGGAGGUCAGAGGGAUGAACGCCGAAAGUGGAUUCAGUGUUUUAAUGGUAAUAUUGUAUUUCUACCUCCAAUAAGUGUACAAGCAAAUGGCAUGGGGAUGCAUCCACCUUCACAUCCAUGCACAUGUCCUGUAUUGUGUCUAACCCAGUGGUGGUUGUCUCCUUGUCUGUCUGUCUGUCUGUCCCUCCAGAUGUGACAGCCAUUAUCUUUGUGGUGGCCAGUAGCAGCUACAACAUGGUGAUCCGGGAGGACAAUCAGACCAACCGGCUGCAGGAGGCCCUCAACCUCUUCAAGAACAUCUGGAACAACAGGUAAGACCUCUCUGGCCUCUCCCACUUUCAGUCCCCUUACAAAGCCACUCUUGUCCUUGACAUACUGUCGUUUUGUGUGAAUCCCAGCCACAGCAGUUGCCGAUAUGGAUUGUUGACCUUUUGUGCUCAUUUAAAUUGUAAUUGAUUUGAAUACAUCCACUUCAAUUCCCUUUGUGGUUGUUUCUCUCCUCAGGUGGCUACGGACCAUUUCUGUCAUUCUCUUCCUGAACAAACAGGAUCUGCUAGCAGAGAAGGUGCUUGUGGGGAAAUCUAAAAUUGAAGAGUAUUUCCCAGAGUUUGGGCGCUACACUACACCAGAUGAUGGUAAGGGAAACAGUAAUACUCUUGAGCAACUCUCUACUGGAACUAUUCAAGGCUGUCAACGUUUCAAGUUUAUCUGUAAAUGUAACAAUUGUAAUAAUAUAACUUGGAACACUUCGGAACUCUUUGCGAACUCUUCUCUGGUGAAGAAUGAAUCUUGUUAACAUGGAUUAUUUUACUGAUCUAAAUGAAAAUGUCUGGUAUACAGUGAUUUAACAGAUGCGGAUAUACAGUUGAAGUCGGAAGUUUACAUACACUUAGGUUGGAGUCAUUAAAACUCGUUUUUCAACCACUCCACAAAUGUCUUGUUAACAAACUAUAGUUUUGGCAAGGCGGUUAGGACAUCUACUUUCUGCAUGACACAAGUAAUUUUUCCAACAAUUGUUUACAGACAGAUUAUUUCACUUAUAAUUCACUGUAUCACAAUUCCAGUGGGUCAGACACUAAGUUGCCUUUAAACAGCUUGGAAAAUUCCAGAAAAUGAUGUCAUGGCUUUAGAAGCUUCUGAUAGGCUAAUUGACAUAAUUUGAGUCAAUUGGAGGUGUACCUGUGGAUGUAUUUCAAGGCCUACCUUCAAACUCAGUGCCUCUUUGCUUGACAUCAUGGGAAAAUCAAAAGAAAUCAGCCAAGACCUCAGAAAAAAUAUUUGUAGACCUCCACAAGUCUGGUUCAUCCUUGGGAGCAAUUUCAAAACGCCUGAAGGUACCACGUUCAUCUGUACAAACAAUAGUACGCAAGUAUAAACACCAUGGGACCACGCAGCCGUCAUACCGCUCAGGAAGGAGACGCGUUCAGUCUCCUAGAGAUGAACGUACUUUGGUGCGAAAAGUGCAAAUCAAUCCCAGAACAACAGCAAAGGACCUUGUGAAGAUGCUGGAGGAAACAGGUACAAAAGUAUCUAUAUCCACAGUAAAACUACUCCUAUAUCGACAUAACCUGAAAGGCCACUCAGCAAGGAAGAAGCCACUGCUCCAAAACCGCCAUAAAAAAGCCAGACUACGGUUUGCAACUGCACAUGGGGACAAAGAUCGUACUUUUUGGAGAAAUAUCCUCUGGUCUGAUGAAACUAAAAUAGAACUGUUUGGCCAUAAUGACCAUCGUUUUGUUUGGAGGAAAAAGGGGGCUGCUUGCAAGCCGAAGAACACCAUCCCAACCGUGAAGCACGGGGGUGGCAGCAUCAUGCUGUGAGGGUGCUUUGCUGCAGGAGGGACUGGUGCACUUCAAGAAAUAGAUGGCAUCAUGAGGAAGGAAAAUGAUGUGGAUAUAUUGAAGCAACAUCUAAAGACAUCAGUCAGGAAGUUAAAGCUUGGUCGCAAAUGGGUCUUCCAAAUGAACAAUGACCCCAAGCAUACUUCCAAAGUUGUGGCAAAAUGGCUUAAGGACAACAAAGUCAAGGUAUUGGAGUGGCCAUCACAAAGUCCUGACCUCAAUCCUAUAGAAAAUGUGUGGGCAGAACUGAAAAAGCGUGUGCGAGCAAGAAGGCCUACAAACCUGACUCAGUUACACCAGCUCUGUCAGGAGGAAUGGGCCAAAAUUCACCCCUUAUUGUGGGAAGCUGGUGGAAGGCUACCCGAAACGUAUGACCCAAGUUAAACAAUUUAAAGACAAUGCUACCAAAUACUAAUUGAGUGUAUGUAAACUUCUGACCCACUGGGAAUGUGAUUAAAUAAAUAAAAGCUGAAAUAAAUCAUUCUCUCUACUAUUAUUCUGACAUUUCACAUUCUUAAAAUAAAGUGGUGAUCCUACCUGACAGGGAAUUUUUACUAGGAUUAAAUGUCAGGAAUUGUGAAAAACUGAGUUUAAAUGUAUUUGGCUAAGGUGUAUGUAAACUUCCGACUUCAACUGUAUAAAUGAUGUCCACUGAGUUUGGUGUCUUUGCCCUUCCUAACCAGCAACACCAGAGCCAGGGGAGGAUCCUCGUGUCACAAGGGCAAAGUACUUCAUACGUGAUGAGUUUCUGGUACGUUCAUUCAUGUCUAGUCACUUUUUUGUUGACCUUCUUGUGUAAGAAACCAAGCAUAUAGAAGUAACAAAUGUGUAUAGAAGUCUCAGACCAAUAUGCAAACAGCCAUAUGUGAUUAUGAAUCCCUUCUCUUCUCUGUGGCCUUUUCAGAGGAUCAGCACAGCCAGCGGAGACGGAAGGCAUUAUUGUUAUCCCCAUUUCACCUGCGCAGUGGAUACUGAAAACAUCCGGCGCGUCUUCAACGACUGUCGAGACAUCAUUCAGAGGAUGCACCUACGACAAUAUGAGCUCUUG